AUGUCUGCCUUCCAGCAAGCUCUUGCCGCUCCCAGUGGCUCAUCAUUCUCUAUCCGUGGAGCCGCCACUGGGGCUCCCUCCACUCGCGGUCUGACCAAUGCCCUUCGGUCAGCCGGUAUCAGCCGGGAGACUGGUAUGGAGGUGGAAGGGGGAGCUGGCCGUCCAGCAAGAACCAUAGGUGGACGGGGCAGAGGACGGGCUUCAGGACCUCUUGAUCAGUCGUCGCGGCCCACACCACGCGUGCGUAACGAUGCGCCGUACAACCGCCCCCCUCGAGCGGGUGCCGACCGAGAUCACGGACAAUCUGCAGGUCCAUCCAACUCGGGCGGCAGUCUGGCGUCUCGCCUCAGCCGAGGCGGUGCACGAUCAAACAACAGCACCCGCCGAGCCCAAGAGAGCACCCCGCCUCUCCUCCGUGGACGCAGCGCAGCCGAAGAUGAGACCGCCCACAAAACUCAAAGGGCGAACCUCAGCAACAAGCUCCGCAAUGAGGGAACGAAAGAGUGGCUGAGAGCGCGUGUGAUUGCGCCUGGCGCAAUGGACAUGUCGAAACUCCCCCUUGAUGCCUACCUCAAGCAGGAAGAUAUCAUCGCCCCCGGCCACCGCGAUGCGUCUCCAAUUGUCGGAGCAGUCUUCUGGAAGCUCAUUGACAUUGAAGUGCAGAAGCACUUUGGAGCCGUCAUCCACACUCUUUCCCUCGCGGACAAUGAGCUUCGCGAUUUCGGUCAGCUCGACAAGCUCGCCCAUUCCCUCCCCCAUCUUCGGGCUCUCGAUUUGAGCAACAAUCCCGUCAAGAAUAUCAACGAGCUCGAUGUUCUCCUCGCGCGCGGGGAGAAGAAGGGGAAUGCGACGGCAGGAGCGGGCAGCUUGAAGUCACUUGUCGAGCUCAAACUCAACGGGUGUACCUUCCGUGAGAAUUUGCUGGGUCAGGAGAAUGAUGAGGAGAAGUACCAACACGAAAUUCUCCGCCGCUUUCCUGGUCUUCUCAUCCUGGAUGGGGUAAACCUCAACCGGAUCGUCUUCCCCAUCGAGCGUAAACCCAAGGUAGUCCUCGCGGACGAUAAAAAGCGGGAGCUCCAAGCCAUACCCCUUUCCUUCCCCGUCGAUGUCCAAGGCGGAUUUGUAGAGAAUGAGUUGGCUCAGUCGUUCGUUAUGGCUUUCUGCGCCAAGUUCUUCCCCCUCUUCGACUCGAACCGACAAGAACUCAUCUCGGCGUACGCGCCAAACGCAACCCUUUCGGCCAGUUGCAACACCCUCCAAUCCCGGUCCUUCCUCGCCAACAAAGUCGCAGAGACCAAGUCAUCCCGCCCGCCCACCGCCGCCUUCGCACCCUGGACGGACCUCCCCGGCCGGAACCUCUUCCGAGUCUCCUCGGCCUUGGCGCGGCUCCACUCGUUGAAGAGUCCGAUGGACAACGACGAGCUUCGGGCUUGGUGGGCCAAAGUCCCGGCGACCAAGCAUCCACUCGAGGAUCCGACCAAGUGGUGUGUCGACACAUGGGUUCUGGAUGGAGAGGGAUCAUCGACGAAGCUGUGUGCUAUGAUUCAGGGGCAGUUCCAAGAGAUGCCUUCGGGUUGUUACCGAUCUUUCUCCCGCACCUUCAUUUUGGCCGAUGCUAUCCAGGGGACGACCGCAAAUCAAGCCGGCUGGCCAGCUCAAAUCCUCUCGGAUACCCUGGUCGUACAUCAAUACAUGUCGUCCGAGGCAUUCGACGACAACCGCUCUGUCGCCAAGCACGGCGCACUCAUCAUCCCUCCGCAACCCGUCGCUAUCGACCAGAGUACUGGCCCCACCGCGGUCCUUCCUCCCCUUGCCGGUGUCGGUGCCGUCCCCACUGCGUCCGCGUCGGAACCCGACCAAAACGCUCUCGUCGCCCGGCUCCGGCAAGCGACGGGGAUGAAUGUCAACUUUGCGACCAUGUGCAUGGUGCAGAACGGAUGGGACUAUGAGGUGGCCCUUCGGAACUAUGGGGAGAUCAAGGGGACGAUUCCUGCUGAGGCGUAUCAGUAG